AUGGCCGGCCCUAUUGGAAUGGGGGCAGUCCUCCGAUCUUGUGUAAAUGCCUUCGUUCUAUUGCUUGUUUUUGGAUCGCCCGCGAUAGCUCAGUUCUGCUCAUUUUGGAGUGGUAGCUGUCUUGAUGCCCUGGCUCAGACUGCCGUCUCCUUCAACUUCCCGCCUCUGUUUGAAGAGAGUCUCAACCUCUACUAUGGAUUCGAUGCCAACUCUCGAGGAAAAGGCCAGGAACCUAUGACUAAGGUCAGCUUCUGGCUUGGAUACAGUGCUCAUCUCAAUAACUCUGUUAUCAACUCCAACCGCACCUCCGAGAUUGCCUUGCGGGUGGGAAAUCUUACCGGAACGCCGUCAGGUUCCAACAAUGGCUGCGAUGGCGUGUGGGGCGCACAGUGCUCGUACGACUUGAUCACUAUGUUGAAGCAGGCCUUGUUUGGACUCACCACCAGUGGAAGUUACUACGAUGACCCUCUGGAUACGGUUUUGAGUGAGAUGCUCAUCAACCAGCCCGUACUCUCCAAUUGCCCUCCACCUCUAUUCGACGUCGCUGCCAUUCCCUCUAUUUGUAUGUUGGCUCCGGUUUUUGUUUUACCUCUUUUUAUUGAGUCUAUUUUACUGACUAAAGAAAGCUUUUGCUCAAGAAACCGAUAUCACACGAGUUGCAACCCUCCAAACGUCCGGGUCUAG